AUGGUCAUCUUCAAAUCAAGACAGCCGCCAAUUGACUUACCGACCGAAAUAACCGACUGGGACUUCUUCUUUGACUCUUCGCAUUCACCCAUCAGCAAGUAUGCACCUACUGAACUUGCCGGGUUUCAAAAUGCCAUAACGAAAGAGCGCGUCAACUGGGCAGAUGUGAAAAAGUACUCUACCUACAUUUCCACAGCCUUGACCAAGAGGUAUGGCUUGAAAACCGGUCAAACGGUAGCACUUUUCAGUCAGAAUACAGUGUGGUAUCCAGUGGCAAUGUUUGCUGGUCUCAGAGUGGGAGCAAAGAUUAGUGGCGCCUCUCCCGCGUACAACGAGGAGGAAAUGACUUUCGCACUCAAGACGGCAGACGCCAAGUUUCUGUUGACCACUCCAGCAAGCAUGGAAAUUGCUGCUGCGAGUGCAAAGGCCGCUGGUCUGCCACAAUCUAGCGUGUUCCUCCUCGAAGGCGAACUCCCUGGAUAUACCACCAUUCAAGACCUUAUCAAGAUGGGCGAAUCCUACGGCGAAGCUAAUCAGACACCUGCCUUCAAGCUACAACCAGGUCAGAAGAACAAGGAUUUGCAGAGGAAAUUUCCCAACACCGGCUUCAAGCAAGGUUACGGCAUGACCGAAUCUUGUAGCUGCAUCACUGCUCACCCUCCAGAAAAAUUUGACUACAAAUACGCGCACUCAGGCGGAGCUAUCGUGGCUUCUACCGAAGUCAAGAUCAUCAAAGACGACGGCACAGAGGGAGACGUUGGUGAAGAUGGCGAAGUCCUGGCGCGCGGUCCUCAAAUCGUGAUGGGCUAUCUGAAUAACGCAAAGGCCACGGCGGAUACUUUUGACAAGGAUGGUUUUUUGCAUACUGGCGACCGCGGCGCCAUCGAUGCAGAGGGCAUGAUACACAUUAGCGACCGUAUCAAGGAGCUCAUCAAGGUUAAGGGCAUUGGUGUCGCUCCAGCUGAGUUGGAGGACCUGCUUCUUGGACACCCCAAGAUCGAAGACGUCGCCGUGAUGAGCGUCAAAGAUGAUUACAGCGGCGAGCUUCCGAAGGCGUACAUUGUCUUGAAGCCCGGCAUCGAGGAAAAUAUGGCAAUUGGGAAGGAGAUAAUUGUAUACGUCAAGGAGAAGAAAGUAAGGUACAAGUGGGUCAAAGAGGUCGAAUUCAUCAAUGAGAUUCCCAAGAGUCCGUCUGGCAAGAUUUUGCGGCGAAUCCUACGGGACAAGGAAAAGAGUGGCAAGUUCGGCAUGGUUAUCAAGGACGAAGCCAGAGCAAAGUUGUAAAAUUCUGUGUUGCUGCGCAGGUGGAGCUUGCUAUGUAGUGUUGGCAAAUUUUACGCCGACCCCACCUGCGCGGUGCACCUCAACCAUAUUGCAUCAAGGCCAACCUCAUCCUUUCAGGACCUGAUUUAUAUACAAAUUGGUAGACGUAGCCUCUCAAUGCUUAGCCAAUCACAGCUC